UAAUUCCUGAUGAAGCGAAGUGAAGUAAUGUUCGUGUUUUCUGUAUGCGGCUUAGCAUCUUUUAAUUAUAGGAAGUCUUAAGUUCAAAAAGUUCUGUCUUCCAAUUUAUUUUUCUGUAUAAUUUAUUUUUAGGAAGUGUGCUUUCCAAUAUUUAUGAAAAAUGGCUGAUGAAAUUACAGAUAAUGAUGUUAUCAGUGCAGUUGAUAAUGGUGUACCAGAUACUGAUGAUUUAAAUGCAACUAACCAGACUGAUGAAAUGGAAGAUCCAGAUUUGGAAAUGAUAAAAGCUCGUGUGAAAGAAAUGGAAGAGGAAGCGGAAAAGAUUAAACAAAUGCAAAAUGAAGUUGAAAAGAUGGCUCAUAGUACUCCUGGACUUCUUGCUUUGAGUCCUGAAGAGAAGGCUGAAAUUGAUUCCCGUUCUAUAUAUGUUGGAAAUGUGGAUUAUGGCGCUACAGCUGAAGAAUUGGAACAACAUUUCCAUGGAUGUGGCUCUAUAAAUAGAGUGACUAUACAAUGUGACAAAUAUAGUGGUCAUCCCAAAGGGUUUGCUUACAUUGAAUUUGCCGAUAAAGACUCUGUAUCUACAUCAACUGCUCUGGAUGAAUCCCUAUUCCGAGGAAGACAAAUUAAGGUUUUACCAAAGCGUACAAAUCGGCCAGGAAUUAGCACCACUAAUAGACCACCUAGGGGAAGAUUUCGUAGGGCAGCCAGACCUUCAUACUAUGGUGGGGGAUAUAGACCCAUGAGACGAUCCUUUAGGAGACGAAGCUGGUACUAUCCCUACUGAUAUCAUAAGGCCAGAAUUUUUUAAAGAUCAGAUCAUCCCAUUUUUUACUGUGAAUAUGCUGUAUCCCUCCCCCAAAAAAGAAAAAAAUGAGAAAAAAAGAAGAAAAAAUAGAAAAUAAAAUAUGGGAAAAGAA